GGCCGCGUGACGGGGGAAGGGAGGGAGGGGAAAAAAAAAAAGAAGCGACGUCGGCCCUCCGAGGUGCUGAGAGCGGCCAGGCCGUUGCGCAAGUUUUUAUUCCUCUCCGCCAUCCCGGGGCCAUGUACCGGCAGGGCUUCCGCCCCCCCACCCCUCCGUACGCGGGCGGCGGGUUCCGGAGCCCUCCCUCCGCCGGCGGCCCUAUGCCACCCUCGCCCCGGGGCUACGGGAGCCCCCACCACACGCCGCCCUACGGCCACCGGCCUGGGCCCUACGGCAGCGGCCACUCGCCCCGAGGCCACGGUUUCCACGGCGGCGGGAGGUUCGGGAGCCCGUCGCCGGGGGGCCAGACCCCGCGCAGGCCGCAGAGCGCCAGCCCCCGAUACCCGGCUCCCUACAGCGGCAAGUCCCCGGCUGGAGCUGCCCAGCACCCGCAGCAGCACAAGCGCUCGCCCGGGGGCUACCAGAGGCACUACCAGGGAUCACCCAGGACAUCUACUCCAUUUGGUACAGCGCAUGGCAGAGAGAAAAGAGUGUCUAAUGAUGUGGAAAACUAUUACAGACCUUCAAUGCUUGAGGACCCAUGGGCUGGCCUAGAGCCAGUUUCUGUUACAGACAUAAACCAACAAUACAGCAGUGAGCAAACAACAUAUACUGGUAAAAAAGGGAGGUAUUUCAGUUAACACUUUUUAAGGCCAAAUAACUCCAUCUUGUCAGGAAAACUUUGGGACAAAAUCUUUACACUUACACAAGCUGAACAGUAUCAAGACCUUAGUUAAUGCUUUUCUUUGAUCAAAUGUCCACCCUUUUAUCCAACUUUUUUUUUUUUUUAACUGCAUUGAAUAUUUUUAUGGAUGGGGAGGGAAAAGGAGUGGUAGGAUAACUUACAUUUCUGGCUACGUGGAAGUGCCUACCAGCUUUGAAGAACAAAGUGUUCUUUAAUCACCAGCGACUGAUUUGUGACUGUUAAAACAGGUUUUCAUAUAUUUACCUCUUCCAUGCCAGAUUGUUAGCAUUUUAUUGUUAACUUCUUUAGGAAAUGGUAUUUUUUUAUGUUUCAACAUUUUUAGAAUGAAAUAACUUGGAAAUACAAUAAAGUUUUGUAAAUCCUUGUUUUGUAAUGUAUAAAGAUUAUUUUAGGACUUUUGUUAAGGUGUACUUAUUAAGAGAAAUAGUACUAGUGAAAUUAGGUGACUUCUGUAAAUGUGUUUGUAUGCUGUAGUUAACCUCUGAUUUUUGUGUACAGUAUUUUUUGUUAAUUCUAGUGUAAAACAAGUGAAACAUGACUUUAAGCCAUCUCAGGAAACAAAUGUAUUGUCUUGGAAAGUUUAAUUUGUUAAACCAGCUCUUGAAUCGUAAGCAUAAUUCUGUAAUUAUUGACUUUUGUAUUUUAAAAAAUUCAUAUUUGGAACAGAAUUAGACAUUUCUUGAUCGGAGUAAACAAGUCUGUUUAGCAACAAUUUAAGUUUAACCAACACAUAGAACAUCAGAUUUAAAUAAAUGCAACUGUACUUUCUGGAUCUAACUUUUAGAAUAGCAUAGAAUGAAUCAAACUUUGUUAAACAGUUGAUGUUGGUACAUACAUAGCAUCUUACUUUUAUUGAUUUGUAUCAAGAGUUUUCAAUUUUGCUUUUAGUUUUUACCUGUGAGUAACAUCUUUGCCUGGAGGAGUCUUGUUUUGUGUAUAUGUGUACGCACGAGCAUGCUGUUUUUUUCAUACUGAAGAGGAAAACAACAGGUUUUUCUUUUAGGGCUUAUCUAUAUACAUGUGAGAUCCAUUCUUACACCCACUAGUGGACACUUUAAUCUAGAAUAAAUUAGAAAUAGUUCCAACUGUAGGCAUAGUCUUAAUAUGCUGUGUUAAGCCUGCAGUGGAUACCUACUUUUUUCUGAAAGUACCGGUAUUUUUUGAUCUUAGAUUUUGCACAGGAGAUCAAGGGUGAAAGCUUACUUAAAAAAAAAAAAUCCUAAAAACAUUAAUUCAGUUUUCAAACAUACGUGUUUUCUCUUCAGCUUGUUCUGCGUUUCACAGAAAAAAUAUCUUUUGUGGUCCUAAACUAUGGUUAGAUAGAAAAGCACAGGGAAUCAUAUUCAACUGUUUUUAGUAACUUGUCUUUUGCUGAGAUACACUAGCCCUGUACUUAUUCCAAGUCUGUUUCAGGAUAAAUGUAUUAGCUUAAUACUGCCUUCAGGAACAACUUUAAACUGAAAGGAGGAAUAACUUGCUGAAGUUUGCUAGCUGAGUCUCUUGUACUUUUAUGACCGUAAUCUAAAGUUUGUCACUCAUGUCAUCCCUCAGUUGACUUUGUUUUAAUACUAUAUACAAGCUAUCUGCUCAGAGAAGUGAAACAUAAAUGACUUCAUAUUUUCAAGCUUUUUGGUACUACCUGCUUGAUAUCAAGAAUGCUUAAAUCUUCAUCCCAGAACGAAAACUGGCAGCUAUCAGUAUUGCUAUUUAUCUCUAGCACAUACCAGCAAAACUGAGAUAACUUGACAGCAAAUCGUAGAUAGUCUAGAACUGAUAAAGCAAUUAAACAUGUCAUCAAGAAAAGUGAAGUAUGAAGUCCCCCCUCCCCCCUUUUUCUUUUUUAACUUGGCAGGUGCUGUAAAGCUCACAAAAAGUUACAGGGUGCUUGGCUGAGUCAUCUCUUUGUUACUGUUUCUUUUGUAAUUUAAUGCAGUUUACUUUUUUCGUUUGGUGAUCUUGGGGAAACAGAUCUAUUGGUAUCUGCAGUUAUUUAAGAGACUAAAGCUAUAACAUGUUCCCAGUUAGACAUGAGAAGAAACUGGGUUUGGAAAGGAGAAAGGAAAAAAGAAAAGGAUUCAUGACAGAAGAGAGACUGUUAGAGGUGGGACUGCUUAUGCAAUAGCCAAUAUCAGCUGCCCUUGCACAGUGCAAAGAUGCAUUUUUCCACUUUGGCUUUCCAGUUGACCCAGGGAUCAAAGCCAACCACCUCUGGUAAUAACUGAUAACUCCUGGAACCGGGUGUCAAACAUCAACGAUGGUAAAUGUUCCAGAAAGAAUUGAGGAAAUAAUCUUGAAGCACUGUUUAAUCAAUGCAGGCCUUCCACAAUGCCAUCUGUUAAGUUGCUGCUCCUGGGUCAUAUCCUGAAGUGCACAACACUUAUAAGUACAUCAUACUGCUAAAGACUCCAAUAAUUUGGUCAAGAAUCAGCAAGAAAUUAAAAUAUAGAUGUAAUAAGCUUACUAAACUCACCAUAACGCACCAAAAACUUAAAAAUAAUUCAUCUUUUUUACUUCUAGGAGAAAUUCUACAAUUGCAGUAAGCUGGUCAAAAUUUCAAAAAUGUCAUUGUUGAAUAGCUGUAAAAUGCAUGAACACAUGUUCAUAACUAUAAAUAUAAUGUACUUAAAGCCAA